AGAAUGCGACCCGUCCACAUGUUGUCAGUAGCUGGAAAUGCUGAGCGCUACAGUGGAGCGCAGCGCACCACACCGAGAGCGCACGGGAACCUGUAGACAUUACCUCUGUUAUUAUCACUUCUCUCGUUUCUGAUUUCAUAUUUUUAAAAAAAGAUUAAGAGGACUUAUACAAUUUAAUAUGUCUUAUCCUUUGACGCAUUUUUUCUGGCAUGACUAAUACUCCUCCUGUGACUGAUUUUACUUGAGGCUAUAGGAGAGAAAGACGCAAAAUGGAGACGUUCACGAUACACGACAUGCUCAUAAAUUCAACUGAUCUGAACAAGAUUUUGUGCAGUUUCGGGAUCAAGAAUAUCUCGGAGUGCGACGGCGCGCAGGAGCCCUCACCCGAACCUAAAGACAUCAACCAGACAGUGCGCAUCGUCCUCUACAGCCUCAUCUUCCUCCUCAGCGUCCUGGGCAACAGCCUCAUCAUCGCCGUCCUGGUGAGGAACCGGCGCAUGAGGACCGUCACCAACCUCUUUCUGCUGUCCCUGUCCGUCAGCGACCUGAUGGUGUCCCUGGUCUGCAUCCCCUUCACCCUCAUCCCCAACCUCAUGAGGGACUUCAUCUUCGGCACCGGCAUAUGCAAGCUGGUCAUGUACUUCAUGGGUGUCUCAGUAAGUGUUUCCACCUUCAACCUGGUGGCCAUCUCCUUGGAGCGCUACAGUGCCAUUUGCAACCCGUUGACCUCCAGAACAUGGCAGACCAAAUCCCACGCCGCCAAGGUCAUCACUGCCACCUGGGUGGCUUCCUUCAUCAUGAUGCUGCCCUACCCCAUCUCUAGCACCCUUAAGCCGUUUACCCGCGUCAACAACAGCACCGGGCACAUGUGCCGUCUGGUGUGGCCCAACGACAUCAUCCAGCAGUCCUGGUAUGUGUCUCUGUUGUUGCUGCUCUUCCUAAUCCCUGGGAUCGUCAUGAUGACAGCCUAUGGACUCAUCUCCAUGGAGCUUUACAGGGGCAUCAAGUUUGAGCUGUCCAACAGGAAAUCCAGUAGAGACAGGCAGUGCAGCACUGGCAGCAUCAAGCCCGGAGACAGUGACGGCUGUUACAUGCAGCCAUCUAAAAAGAAGAGCAUCACAUCGAGCACAGGCAACUUUGCCAACUCCAGCAGCAAGGCCUCGGUGGGGCGUGUGUGUGGCAGCAACUCCACGGCCAACCUGAUGGCCAAAAAGCGCGUGAUCCGCAUGCUCCUGGUCAUCGUCUUCCUCUUUUUCCUGUGCUGGACUCCGGUCUUCGUGGUCAACGCAUGGCAGGCUUUCGACCGGCGCUCAGCCUACCGACUGACCGGCGCACCCAUCUCCUUCAUCCACCUGCUGUCCUACACCUCAGCCUGUGUUAACCCCAUCAUUUACUGUUUCAUGAACAAGCGUUUCCGCCAGGGCAUGCUGGCCACCUUCAGCUGCUGCAGCUGCUUCCGGAGGAGCAGCAGCAACUUCAGGAGGUCAGCUGGAAGCGGGAUGGCCAAAGACGAGGCGGGCAGAUCAAGAGCGGGGCCAAAGACCACUGAGCAGAAUGGUCAUACCCCGCCAAGCGGAGCCAGCACACGCUUCACCUACACCGGCAUCCGUGCAUCGGCCUGGAGCGAGCUGACUUAAAGUGGACUGAUAUGUCUGUAAGAGCACUGGCCUGAGUGCAAACACUUGUAGGGAAUCUGUGGGGAGUUGUUUUAACUUAAAGCCCUCAUGCUGCUUAUAGGACUGGUUUAUGAGCGCCUAUGUCGCUUUAGCUUGGAGCGUGACAUGACAUGGGCACAAUAGUUAAUGACCGUGGAGCAGAAGUGGUGUACAUUCAGUGCUCUCACAGCAGAUCAACAUGGCCAGAUGUUUCCCUGCAGCUUAUAGUGUUCAGGAUGGCUGACUGAUGCCUGAACAUAUAAAGCCCUGAAGGGCCACGAGUCUGGCAUAAAGAAGGAGUGUUUUGAUGAAGCAGAGUACAAAUUAAUGUAGUUUAUCAUUCUCCAUACUAUCUUUAAACACACUGUAGCUGUAUCUCUACCACAGUCAUUAGUAACCAUACAGGGAACAGUCUCUCUGCUCUUUCCAAUUCAUUGCUUUGAGCUAUCAGUAACAGGUUAAAAAAACAUUUAAAGUCACAGUCAGUGCCAGAGGGUUUAGCCUGUGAAAACUGUUUCUAGUAAAACACAUUGCCAUUAUCUCAAAAGGCAGAUAUAUCACAACCUGAGCAAAUGUAACCACAGAUAUCUGCAUGGAGAGAUAGUACUAACGGAAAUGAGAAAACUUUCUAUUUUUAUCGUUUAAUCUUUUCUUUUUGGAUUUCAGUUGAACUGACCCUUUAAAGAUUAGUAUGCAGGUACAUUCUGAUGUAGUAAACCCCUUCAACGAGGGUGAGACAAACACUAAAAAAGUACUUGACCCAGGUGAUAUUCCUUAAGGAGCUAUUUGUAGGUUUUGCUACUGCUAUGUAACGUUAGCAUUAGCAGCUGUUUACUUACCAAGUCUAGAGGAAACGUUGCAAGGUCAGCAUCAAACCUCUUGCCAAGCAACCAUCACCACCACCUGCUCCUGACAAGAGACCACUUCAAAAAAAAAAAAAAAAAGUUAACAUAUUAGUUACCAAAACAGCAACAGUGCCAUUUAGUCUGUGUUCUGCAGCUUUCAGUCAUAUCACAUGAUCUCUAUCAGCAGAUACUUUGUCCAGUUGUUGGUGGUCAAGGAUGAAGUUUGAAACUCUACAACUCAGAAGAAGAGGGAAAUUUCUAUGACAACUGGGCAAACUCCAUCUGCUGAUGAAAACCAUGUGAUACGAUCAAAAGCUAGCUUGUAAAUGGACCUACAGGUCAGAUUGUUUGAACUGCUGUUUCCAAGGUCAAGACUGAACUCUGAAACUCAACCAUACCAGUGUUUUUGCAAGUUUAACUACGACUACAAACUGCAAAUCAAGAAAUCAUUACUCCUGUAACUAUUUCAAAGCAUUUCAUGUUGUAGUUUUUAUUUGUGUGUGGUAUGACAAUUAAUUUAUCAGACUUGAAAACUUGUGUAAUCAUCAGUUUCUAUAUUGUUGCAUUAUUAUCAAGCUUAAAGUGCACUAUAACUGACAAGACUUACUGCAGACUUUCUUGUAAACAAACACAACAAAAUAGUCAUCAGUAAUGUAAACUAUUCAUGAUUUGUAGUAAAUUGGCUACAACAUGAAAGAUCAUUGGUAUGGUCCUUUAACUUCUUUUUGAUGCCAGUAGCUGAGAAUUAAAGUGAGAGGCCUGUGUUCAUCAGUGGCUGCCUGUCAGGCUGCAGUGUCACUGUACUCAGCAGCUUCGAUUCCCCCAGUGCACAAACAGCUCUGUCGCAUCCUUGACCCACUGUGUGUGUGUGUGUGUGUGUGUGUGUGUGUGUGUGUGUGCCUAAGGGGUGGAGGGGUUAUACUGUGUGUGCUAUGGGACCUGGAGAGGCCUUAUCAUUUUUGUGGGACUUUAAACACCUGCACCCCUCACACACACACACACUCUCUUCAAAGAGUGAAUUCCCAGCAUUCAUCCUGUUAAAUAUAGCAGCAUCAAUGUAGCAACUUAUUCCUGUUUAGUUUCUUUGUGUUGAUAUGUUGCAAUGUUAACGUGAGUUAAAUAUUGUUCUGUGAAUUCUUACUUUUCCGUUUGUUGCGCUGAUGGAAAAUGUUGCAUUUUGAAGUACUAUGUUUUAUUGCAUGAUGAUGUGCCUAUUUUGAAGGAAGUCCUGUUAAACAUAUAGGCAUGUAGUUGAAUGUAUGAGCAUAAUCCCAGUGAUUUUACAGGUUUAUGUACAUGUACACAGGCGCUGGGAAUGGUAUUGUGUUCUCUCACAAACCUACAGGUCUGGUUGACCAUAUAAAGACCUUGAAUGCCCGGUGCGCAACUGCGUCUGCAAAUACUUGGGGCAGAGUGACUCUGAGCUUUUAACGGCUUUAAUAAAAGUGGAUCUAAAGGACAGAGGGGCAUUAGGGCCCAGACAAGUGGCAGAAAGAAAAUGGGGGGGGGGGGGGGGGGGUCUGUUGGGACUUCUUCCCGGGGAUAAGAGCUCCAUUUGGGUUUGGUAGAUGCCCAAAGCCCCACCCGCCUUCACCCUGCAGCAGCCACUGGGAGAUAUUUACCUGCUGUUGUUGAAAAUGACUCAACAAAACUGUGUUAGAAACGUUAUGUGCUUAAGCUUCUGAUGGCGAUUAAAAAGAUAUAUACACAAAGUGAGAUUUUAUAUCACUUUUUUUAUUUCUCAUUUUUAUGCCAAUAUUGCAAGUUUUUUUCUUGUUUUUUCUUCUUUUAAUGACAUACAGAUUUGAGCAUGAUCUGGAGCUGCAAUAUGUACAAAAACAAACUAACGUAUGUUAUCAAAAAACCGUCCCCUUUGUUUUGACGUUAUUGCUAAAUGUUACAAACGGCACAGGUUUCUACCAUCAGCAACCCUUUGAGCACUGAGUAUACUACCACAAUGACACCUCUGCUUACCAUUUACUAGAAUAAUACACAGAUACAGUGAGAGUGAAAGAUAGUGAAAGGACAUGAAGAAGAAGAACAGGAGGAGGAGGAGGGGAAAAUGACAACCAAAAAAAAAAAAGGUGAUCCGAAUGUAGCAAAGCUAAGCAUAACAGGCUGCGUGUUAAAAACAAAAAAAGGAAGGAGGGGGGGAAAGUGAGAAAACUCCAAAUGUACAUACAUAAACAUGAGCGAUAAAGAGUGAGGAUGAAAAGUGUGAGAGAAAAAGAAAGGUUAGCGCUCUGUAGUGCAAACAGCCAAAUAGUCUUAAGGAGAAGUAAGGCUGAGUGCGACAGAGAAGGGCUCCACACUCCUUUUUUUUUUAUUUGUUUAAAGCUGCCUCUCACUCUGCCCUGUUUUGUUUAGCAGUGCAUGAAAACUACAUUAUAAAAGACAUUUGGCAUAUUAGAGGAUACAUACAUUGUUCAGAGCUCAUUAUAAAAAAAAGAAAAAAGAACAGCUGCUUUUGGAAGAGUAAAACAAUUAUGACCAGACACACAAAGAGAAAGAAACUGGUUAAGAUAUUUUUUGUAAAAAGCAUCGCAAAUGCUAAUGAGAUGGCGUUUUUUUCCUCUCUCUGAAAGCUUUGUCGCCAGGUUAAUACAGCGUGCGUUUUAAGAAGGCAUGUAACUUUUUUUUUGACCCCUUUUGACAGUUCACCCCCCCCUUCAUGAACGAGGGAUGUUGUAUCAAGUUAUACGGUUAUCCUCCCAGUCUCUUAAAACUCCACGUGUUUUAAGAAGGAAAAACAAAAAAACUGUAAACCAGCUCGGAUUGUCAAGGCGACACAUUUUUUUAAAAAAGCAUGCAUCACCCCCUUUAUUAGAUUGAGUAAAUGUGACAAAGCUGCUCUGUUCAGACUCGCAUGAGGAGAUGAAGAGGAGCCAGGGCCAGGGGGGAUGGGGGGGUAAGGGAGGGGUCGGGGGGGGGGGAGGGGGGUAGCCUAAAAGAGGCGACUCAACAUGUAAACAAAAACCCAAAAAUAUCCAAGCUCGAGGAGGCAGGAUUGGGGCGAGAGGAGGAGGAGAGUAGGGUGUGUGUGAUGAUGCUAAUGCAGAGGCUAUGUUAAAAAACUGGCUGAAUUUAGAACUAGUAGACAUAGAAAAAACACUCAAGUUAAAAAUCUACAGUUAAGAUUUUGUGACCUCCAUCCUGCAGAGUAAAGGGUUCGAGGGGGUGGGGAGGUGUUUAGGGGCCGUGAUUUACUCGGUUUCGAUGCUACAAUAUCGCUGCAGCACCAACUCCUCCGCGAUUCCAGGACAGACAGGAAGUGGCCUUUUUAGAAAAAAAGAAAAAAAUACACUCCCAAGCCAAUCUAGGCAGCACGGGCAAUAAUGCACUUUUCUUUUUUUAUAGUUUUGACAUAAGACAAGGGGAGACUUUGUACCAAUAAUUUAAAAAAUAUCAAUAUUACAAUAUAAAAUAUUUAACAUUAAUGACGGACAGGUGGACAAGGGUGGCAAAAUGGGAGCAUAACUUAAUUUUUCUUUCUUUUUUUUUACAUUGAAGGGGUGCAAGCGAAUCCUUUUUUGUUCCUAUUUCAAGGUUUUGUUUGUAAGAAAAUUCUGAAAUACUUCAUUAAGCAGACAUUCAAGUUACAGUAUCGUUGUUCUUUUUCUUUUUUUUCUUCUUCUUUUUUCCCCGGAAGUGUAUACAGUUGUACUGUAAUACUAAGAUCACAAGUAUUGCCUUUGAAUGUUUAUCCACAAUUAAUCAGACAUUUGGAUUCAGGUGGAAGACAGAAAAAAACUCCAAUGGAUCUCAAGUUUUCUUUGUGUUUGGAGAGCAGUUUUGAAAUGGAGCGAGUCUGACUCGAAUAUUCCAUUACAGCGACUACAUAUGACAGUCACACACAUACACACACACCCGCGCACACACACACACACACACACACACAUAUAUUUGCUGGCUGGUGAACUAGUGCUCAGGCGGACAAAAAACGAUGAAAUGACCUGUACAAUAUUGCUGUUAUGUUUGGAAAUGCACAUCUUUCAUUAAUAACACAUUUAGAAGGCCUUUACGCGGUCGCCAUGAACACAGAUGAGUGCAACUACUCUGACAAAGUGAGUUUACAAUGUACACACGCUUGUUUCUGCGAAGAGAAUAAACCACAGGAGAUUUUGUUUUUUUUGUUUUUUAAAAAAAGAAGGCUGGAAGGAGCUUACAGCGCUCGUGAGACGUUGUACCAAAAGUGAGAAGGUGCCGGGCACCGCAUGAGAAUUAAAAAAAAAAAAAAAAAACAA